AUGCCACCAGAAUUUACAGCCCUGAUUCAAGAAUGCACCAGAGGAUCAACCAAGGCUUCAUCAUACCUUUCUCAACUGGGGCUACUAAACGGGUUCACCGACCCCACAAAGCCAGGACGACCAAGAUUCAAGUCGAACGAUACAAUCCGAAAAUUCUGGAUAGCCACGAACGACAAGGUUCACGAAAUCGCGCUGCUUUACAAAUCAAGAAACGCCAUACGCGAAGCACUUGUCAGCCAGCGCAUCACUCUGGAUGAAACUGUCAACGAGUGUCUCGAAGGGGCUGGGCCUAAGAUAUGGAGUGACGGAGUGGAAGCAGAGUUCCUCCCUACUCCUGAUGUCACUGGGGCGCUCAGUGAAGCCCUUGAUGCCGAGUCUGCUCCUAAAUUCAAGAACGCUUCAGAGUUCGCCGAGAGCGGGUAUCCGAGACACCUCAUCUAUGGAGAUCCUGAUGAUCGAAACAAGAUCCGACUAAACGUGUUCGGCUAUAUCAUCCAACGUGCCUGUCGUAAGGCCGAAGAUGAUAGACGCAAAGGGAAAGCCUCUGACGCCUCGCCCGAAACCGAGGAUCCCACACCGCCAACAAGCUUCAUGGACGCCGUACGCGUCGGUAACUCCAGGCGUAUCCGCAGCAUGUCGCCAUCGCCUGACACCAGUACGGAUGAGCUCGCUCGCUUUUCUCCGACUGGCGAUUCAAACAGUUCCAAAUCCAAAGAGUAUCCCAAUGUCCCAGCCUCCAAGACCCGAUCACUGAGAAACCCAUCUUCCACACAACAGGACAUUUCACAAACUCGUGUCACACACGGUGUUUCUGUGGUGAUACCUCCGAAAAGGCGUGCGGGUACUGGAAUCACAGCGUUGGAGAACAGCAAGCGUAAACAGAGCAGAUCCCAGGUUGGCAGCAGCUCAGCGAAAGCCAGUGAGUCAUCCGUCAAAAGCAGGACCAAAUUGACGGAGAACUUUAUGGGGGCUCAAUUCCUCCAUGAUCGUAGUGAGCUGGGAAUCCAGCUCGACGAUCUUCUCGAAUCCCAGAAUCCAGGACGCCAAGAUAUUGCAAAACUGCAGAAGGUUGUAGAACACAUCGACAUGAUGGCUGUGAAACAUGUCGAGAAUCUCAGGAAGGCAUUGGGAAGCGAGUACGAUGAGCAUCAAAGUGCUCUGAACAGAUGGCUAGCAUGCUUGAGAACACUUGUCGAGUUCCGCGAGGCUACUGGUCUUUCCGGUGAUGGCCAAGCCAUACUAACCGGCUACAAAGACCUUCCACUAGAGAAGAAGAAAGCACGACGUCCCUACUCCAGAAUGGUGCAAGAGAUCCAAACAUGGCGUGGGUCUGAUGGCAUGACGCUCCCCGUGUUUUGUAAAGAGGUGGGUUCCAUACUCUUGAAGAUGGCUAGCUUUGCCCCUUUGGGUGUUGAGCUAGAUGAGCUUCUUGAAGAUCUGAUACCUUACACGGAGCGCCUGAUGGAAUGCUUCCCGGCUACAUCGGCCAAUUCCUGA